AUGUCAACUGAAGACGACAAUCUGACCGGAGUGUGUGCGUUUUGUAGAUUUAUUUUCUUAAUGCACAACACGUCAACUAAUGUAUCUUCAACUCAAAUGGAGACAAUACGAGCUGGUAAUGAACUUUCAUGGUUGGGAUUAUUCCUCACCGUUGAUGUUGGGGUUGAUAGAAGUCUCCAGAGGGCUCAAAGAAAUUAA